AUGUUUUCAUCCGGAUUGCACGAACCUGGCAAAGUCUAUGCCAUGUACACGGAGGAAAACGUCAAUGUACGCAAGAGGAUUGUACUAACUUCCCCUACGCCAAAGGACGGUGUUUCGCCCAUGGUGGGGGCUACCAAUGCUCACACGACGGAUCCAGUCGAUGAUGACCGUCAUGCAUUUCAUCCUCGCAUGUACAACGUAGUAAUGUACAUUGUCACCCUCGUCAAAAUCCCUGGUCUUUCAAAGUAG